GGGAGAAAGGGUCCCCGUCGAUCGGACCCUGAUUUUUGCCAAGGGAGUCAACCGACCCCUCUGCUGUUCUAUCAACACAGCCGCAUACAAGUCCAAUCGCUUUAUCCAAAAUGCGUUCCAUGUCUCGUCUUUUCGUUCUGUGCCUCUUCCUGCUGCUGGGGACGCUCACCACCGCUUGGCCAUGGCGCCCACACGGCGAAAUGUUGCAACGGGCCGCUGAGAGCGCCACCACCGGAGCCGCCGCUACAACUGAGAGUGCAUCCAAGACCGACUCAGUGACCAAGGCCGCGUCGGCCACAGGAACUGGCACCUCCGUCACCGGUACCGGUACCGGUACACAGGCUACUACACAAACAGGCACUGCCACAGGGAAGACCAGCACAGGUUCUCAUUACACAAAUACGUCGUCCAUCUCGAUCAAUCCUGCUGCCGGUGCCGGUGGUAUCUCCAUGCUCACCCCCACCGAAGGCGCCACAUCCUACUAUAGAAUCGGCGACUAUGUGACGUUGGCGUGGAACUACACAUCGUUGACUAUCAGCCCAACGGCUGUCAAUGUCGUAGCUUCGUGCAGUUUGAACAGUGCCACCUACACGAUCUCGACCAACAUGACCAUGGGGCCAACCGGGAAGGUGAUCUGGGACACUCGCAAGUACCAGGCCAAUGCGACGGUCCCGCUGUUGACGGCUUCGUACACGUUGAUCGUUUGGGAUGCGAGCAAAGCCCUUACCGAGACGGCGAGUGCCGGCUAUCUCAGCGCUGCAAGCGGAUACACGUUCGGGAUGUACAGCUCGCAGCCGUAUACUCCGCUCAACGGCUUUGUCUGCGCCACAUGCAGCAGCGCGUUCUCCGAACUAGAACGCAUGGGUCUGAAAUUUACCAUGGGCAUGGUCACCAUCACCAUUCUAUCCUUCACCUGGUUCGCCGGCGGUUCCGGUGUCUUCUCCACAUAGGCGUAAUCUUUGUGUGACGACGAAUAUAUCUUUUAUGCAUUAGAAUGUUGCAUUGAGCUGAGCGAAUUCGUUUGAAUUAUGAUGACAGCAAUCUAUCAGCAAGGGCUUGGUUUGGCGUUUGUGUGUUUCUGACUUUGGCAUGUAUUGCGGUAUAAUGGCUGGGACAGUCGCCUUUCUUUCAUUCAUCGAUGUUCUAUAUGAAUUUCAGCAAAUAGCGGGAUAUCAGUGUAAUAGUGCAUGCGCGGUCACGACAUAUUGAUGGUCUCUUGGUCUCUCCACCUGACUUGUUUAUAAUGAGCUGAUUUCGACUUAUACUUUCGAGUGCUGUAUAAUUACUUAGACAGUCUGUCUGGACCUUACACCUGCCACAGUGUCAUGUAC